AUGUCGUCUACAUCCAAACCGUGGGCGUUGAUUGUCGGGGCGGGCCCAUCCGGCCUCCUUUUGGGCCUCAUGCUCGCGAAGAAAGGCAUCCCCGUCCACCUGAUCGACAUGUCCAGCAAGCUCGAUGAGCAGCCGCGGGCAACACACUACGGCACACCCGCAAUGUCCGAACUGCGCCGGGCGGGGAUCGUCCCGGACCUGCGUGCGCAGGGCUUCCACCCGGACACGGUCUGCUGGCGCAAACUGGACGGCACGUAUCUCGCGGGCGUCAAGUUCGGGGUCGAGGACGACCCGGACCGCAUGGUCUGCUUGCCGCUGAACCGCCUGGGCAAGAUUCUCAUGGACCACAUCGAGCGGCAGCCCUCGGCCACGGUGUCGUGGGGCCACAAGGUCGUUUCGAUCGGGCAGGACGAGAACAAGGCCUGGGUUGUUUGCGAGACCCCUGAGGGCGAGAAGCGGCUUGAGGCUGAGUAUGUUGUCGGAUGUGAUGGCGCGAACAGUCAGGUGAGACGGUCCUUGUUUGGGGAUAAAGAGUUUCCCGGGAAGACGUGGGAUGAGCAGAUUGUUGCCACCAAUACAUACUACGACUUCGAGAAGUUUGGCUGGCUCGACUCGAACUUUAUCAUCGACCCGGAACAUUGGUACAUGGCGGCCAAGAUCGGCAAAGAUGGCCUGUACCGCGUCACGUACGGGGAGAAGCCGGGCCUCACCCACGAGCAGCUCCGAGAGAGACAGCCGUGGAAGUUCGAAACCAUGCUGCCGGGACAUCCCAAGCCGGAUCAAUAUCGCAUCGUCAAUUUUAGUCCGUAUCGAAUUCACCAGAGGCUCGCGCCGAGUAUGCGCGUCGGACGGUUCUGUUUGGCUGCGGAUGCCGCUCAUUUGUGCAACCCCUUCGGCGGCAUGGGAUUAACAGGCGGAAUCGUCGACAUCGGCGGCCUGUAUGACUGUCUCGUGGGAAUCCACGAGGGUCUCGCCGACGACUCGAUCCUGGACAAGUACUCGGAGAUCCGGCGCCAAAAGUACAAGGAGGUCGUGGACCCCAUCUCGAGCGCGAACAUUGUCCGCCUGUUCGGCCAAGAUCCGGACAAAGCGUUGGAGAACGACGAGUUUCUGCAAAUGUGUCUUCGCACGGAGACCGACGGGAAGUUUGCGAGGGAGUUCCGACACGGCGUGAACGUCUUGAAGCACGAUUUCACACAAUACUAUCGCACGAGCUCGACGAAUGGGGACGCAAAGGGCGCGAAUGGACAAGUGGAGCUUGAGAAGGACUUACCCAGUGUUGUGCAAGCGACGGCUGCAGCGGUGACGGAUUGA